UAACACCAGCACUAGCGAAGCGAAACGACGACGUCCUUAUUCUGAUAACACCAGUCUUUCCAAAUACUCAUUCACUUUCACCAUUGUUCAGGGUCUACCUGCGUUGCACAGAUCAUCCUCGCAAGAUUUUUAUACUGCCGCCACCCGACUUGCAGCGCACUAUUUCCACGAGAACAACCCGAAUUCAGCAAACCCAAAUCAUCUUUACAGAACGUAUCAUCAACAGCGUUCGCUUUUCGCAAAGCUACACGCUAUCAGUCACCAUGCUGUUCUCCACAGUCACUGCGGCCCUUCUCUGUGUCGCAACUGCCACUGCAGCUGCUCUACCAUUGCCUGGCAAGCCACAAACAUACACUCCCGCGCGGAACCUCAAGAGCCUCUCCAAACUCUUUCCCCAGAGUACUCUUACUAGCCCAGACACUCUCGGCCUAGACCUGAAGUACGUUGUCCUCGGUAUCGGCACACAAAACUACACAUGUAGUACGCCCGACGACAGCGUGACUCCUGGUACCACUGGUGCAUACGCUACCCUAUACGAUAUCGGCACGAAGCUCAACGACGACAAGAUGGCCAAAUGGAAGAUUGGCUCCAUUUCGCCUCUUGCACUCUCGCUGAGCGAAUGGGCACCUCAAGUUGUUGACAUGAGCCUCAGGUCGCAGGGCUACGAACAUAUCGCCGGUCAUCACUUCUUCGCCGAUGUGUCAGGAACAAACACGCCAACAUUCGCUUUCGACAAGUUGAGCGCACCCUUCCCCAUGACCCAAGUGGCCAAGAUAGGCAAUGUCGAUGCACCAGCACACGCAUGCCCAGGCAAGAAUGGCCUACCUGCUGUUCAGUGGCUGUAUCUCCAGCACAAGGCUGGUAUCACUCAAGGAGGAAUCGACACUGUCUACCGUGUCGAGACUGCUGGUGGUAACAAGCCUGCUACUUGCAAGGGCAUGCCAGCUUCUUGGGAGGUCAAAUACGCUGCGCAAUAUUGGGUCUAUGGUCCAAAGUAGUAGGCGCCUAGCUUGCGACGCUCGUUUCGAGUC